UGCUGAUGAUCUGACCUGGUCUACCCGUACCGUGAAAUAAAUAUUCGUUGCUGUCAAAGACGAGAACGAAGAAGGAAAAAUAUCGGCAAACAUAGAAAAGCUAUUCGUGUUAUAAAAUUUCAGUAAAUCUACGUGUGGGUCAGACCAAAAAAGUGUUGCAAUAAACGAUAUAUCAAGGUUGUUUUCGACAGUUCACACGGUUACAGUUCCUCAGCCAAGUUGGAUCCCAACAAAAUGGACAGUCCGUGUGAGUCGGAGAGCUCACUCGACGGGGGAGCAAUGCUCCCGCCGAGCCCGGUUUCGCGGGAACAGCUGCAAAAGCGAAUCGAAAGUCUCACGCAACAAAACAAGGUGCUUAAGGUAGAACUAGAAACGUAUAAAAUUCGUGUUAAAGUAAUCCAAGAGGAGAACCGUUCCCUACGUCAAGCGUCAGUUAUCAUCCAAGCGAAAGCAGAGCAGGAAGAGGAGUACAUCUCCAACACGCUACUAAAGAAAAUACAAGCGCUGAAAAAGGAAAAGGAAACGCUCGCCCACCAUUACGAGCGUGAGGAGGAAUGUCUCACGAACGAUUUGUCACGCAAGCUGGACCAGCUGCGGCAGGAAAAAUGCAAACUUGAGCAAACGCUCGAACAGGAGCAAGAGUGUCUAGUUAACAAGCUGAUGCGCAAGAUAGAGAAGCUGGAGGCGGAAACGUCUGCGAAGCAGAACCACCUCGAGCAGCUGAGACGCGAAAUGGUGGAGCUGGAGAACACGCUCGAACAGGAGCAGGAAGCGCUUGUGAACAAGCUGUGGAAGCGCAUGGACAAGCUGGAAGCGGAAAAACGUUCGCUCCAGAUUAAACUGGACCAGCCGGUGUCUGAUCCAACCAGUCCAAAAGAAAUAAGCCAUCAUCGUAACGAAAAUGGCAACGACACUGCCACACAGUUGACGGCGCACAUCACGAAUUUGCGCUCGGAGGUGGACCAGUUGCGCAGCAAUCUGGCGGCUGCCGAGAAGGAAAGCAAGGAAAAGACGCAACAGUUUGCGCACGAGGAAAAGUGCAUACGCGAGGAAAACAAGCGUUUGCAGCGCAAGCUGCAGCAGGAGGUCGAACGGCGUGAGGCUCUUUCGCGGCAUCUGUCCGAGUCGGAAUCGUCCCUAGAGUUUGAAGACGAGCGGCUGUUCAAUGAGAACGUAUCGGCUUUGGCUAGCCAAAGACCCAUCAGUCCCGGCGGGCUGACGCGUUGCAUUGCGUGCGGUCAGCUGGUGAGCCGACGGGCUAGCGAGCGGUUUAUUAAACCGGCUAUACCAAUUGGACUGAACACAUCGGCACCGAACGUGCUAUCCUCGCACUCAACCUCCACUGGUGGUGGUGGCGGUAGUGGAAGUCUGUUUCCGCUGCUUGGUGGAGGCGGUGGUAGCGGUGCCAGUACCGGUGGUGUUGGUGCCGGUUCGCUCAACAGUAGCAUCGGUUCGUCGAACUCGAACAACACUAGUAGUAAUAUCUCGUUCACCGGUAAUUCGUCCUUCGUGCAACCGGCCAGUCCAAUGGAUACCUCCAUGUGCAAAGAUUAAGCACGGUGCGGCUCGACAGAAACCGUGGAUAACAACGGUUUUUCACUUUUCCUUUUUGUGGGGGGUAAGUUCCAGAAACGUCUGAUAAGGCACUGAAAUAAGCUUGGCUUUUUUCAUACAAUCGAUCGAUUGCAGUUCGAUCGCCAAAUCGUACGAUUCACAGAAGCAAAAACGAAACAAACCAACAACAAAAAAACGUACAGUGUUUUCAUGCUUUCCUUAAAAUGUUUCUAAAUGUUCGAAACCAUCGAUAUCUUUCGGAAUAUUCAUUUAACAAAAACCAACAUAAGCUGCCUAUAUGCAUACAAGUUUUCCAAAGCGGAUAAAGAUCAUUUAGCAUUAAAACAAACAAUCCACCUCCCAGCGUUUUAGACGCCGUUAUGCAGUGCCAAUGCAUAACUGUUUUCUUAUCAUUUCCCUACCCCGCGUUUAGCUUUUGGGUGUCCGUACCCUUGUUCGUGUCCGGCGAGGACAAACAUUUUGGGCAGAGGCAGUUUGUUGGGAGGAGGUUGGAACAUAGAGGAUGGGAAAUAAAAAAGUUAUAUUUCGGAUACUAUUAUUAUUAGCAAACACUAAGUGAAAAGGCAAUUCAUUCUGCGUGAAAAUGUUCCUCAGCCGCUGUCGAAGCGUCAGCACCUGGUUGUACGGAGUAAGAUGUGAUUUCGCUACCGACUGGUUGGAUGUAUGUGAGCCAGAAUGCUUGAAUCAGAUUAGUUAAUAUCUUAACGGGAAAGCACAGGAAUUUUGGCGACGAGUAAAAGAAUGUUACGUGACGGCAGGUUAUUUCAAUAGCAGAUGAAAUAGGGAAACUUCACUUGGUAGGGCGAAUGUAAUAUACCGCCUGUUCUGCCAGCCAGUCAGUGGAUGGUAAAUUUCGACGUGAUAGUAGUGGCAUUGUUUUAAGAAAAUUCGUUCUGUUACUAGUUGUCAUAAACGUGAAGCGUGAACAAGAAUUAUCGGAACUUCUCUAACUUCACCGGUGUGUAAGUGUCAAUGUUUUGCAUGUUCGGAACAUUUAAGGAUGGGGAAUUAAACUUAAAAUGCGAGAGAUACAACAAUAACGAAUUUGAGUGGACGAGAGAAAAGAGUGUGUUAAAAAGAUACGUGGGAACUGCUGCUAUCAGAAUAAUAGCUAGGACACUAAAACCAUAAUGCAAAAGUACUUAUAGUAUAGCAGAUAUAGUGACGCAAAGAUUGCAAGAAGAUGAAAUACGUUUUGAUAGAGUUUUUUUUGUAUCUGGGUUUUUUUGCGCUUUCAUUUUUAUUGCAAACAUUACACAAUUGAAACAGAAUUCAACUGAUGCCAGCUCUGGUGGUAAGCAACCCCACCUUUGCUAACUAUAGGACGAAGUGGUACCCAAGGAGUUUGUUUCCACCUCAAUCAGCACAACGGCUGAAACAUAAUUAGAGAAACGUGUAAGAAAUUACAGCAACGAUAUCUAACACGGAUGUCACAUUCAUGUCGUUCAAUCAACACUAUAAAAUAGGAACCAUUUGACAUAUUAGUUAUCUCUCUACAUCCAUCCCGUACUCGUAGACUCUCUAUCUUUACUACACGAUGGCAGUAAUGGAGGGACAGACAUGGAAAUAACAGAACACAAAAAGAACACGAAAAAAACCAACAAACAUAAUAGGUGCAAGUGCAAAUAGUAAAAAUGAAGAUGAAAACAAACAAAAAAAUACACGUCAUUAUAGAUGUUGACACUGUGCACAAUCAUCAUUGAAACAUAAUCGGAACAAUAUGUAGAACACAAUGAAAAAAAAGAACAAGCUAACAAAGUCAGUUGAAUGGUGAAGGAGUUCUACUGUACAAACCGGUAUUCUCAAUCCAAAAGGCAACCCUUGAAAAUCGUAGAAAUGCAACAAAAAUACAGGCCAGUACAGUAUCAGCACAUACAAUUAUGCACACGGAAGCAAGUGAACCGAUCGAUAGCAAACAUAUUCGGGACUACAUUUCAAAAAUCCAUCCCACAUCCAACACAUCCCUUUCUACUCUCACAUCAAAUGUUGUUGCAGCUGUGUUACGUUAGUGUUGUGUAGUAUAGAUAACCGAAACGGAAAAGAGAUAUUGCAGAGCAAGAAAGGGGAGCGAUAGAAUUCGAUUGAUGAUGUGUGUCUUGUGGCGUUGUUGUGUUAGGGAAAAAAGGGCAAAACUCCAGCACAGAUGGAAAUUUCACUUUAAACAGUAAGGAAGAACUUUUGCAAAAUCGGAAACGGUGGCAAGAACAAACCGAAUUGAAAUAUGAAGUGAAACGAGAUGCAAAAUAAGGGUAAUGUGAGAAGGAGGAAUUUACAUGCAAAAUUCUAUUACGGAAAUACUAGAAUAACAUACAACACUAUUUACAAAUAUCUAUCGAACGAGACAUGUUUAGCUAACACACUUCUUAAUGGUUGUUUUUUUUUAUAUGUAAACGUUCGCACGUGCGUUCGUGAAACGAUAGCGCAGCGCACAAAAUACUCGCACUCGUGGGCAUGUGUUCUGUGCUUUAAUACUAUUAUUAUUUUUUCUUGCGAAUGAUGUAUUGAAUUUUGAACUUUAAUGUUUAUCUUUUAUCUUGCUUACCAAACCGAGAAAAUCCCUGCGUUAGUUCGACUGAUACGUUGUUGUUUCCCAUUUCUAUUGCCUUAUUAACUGUAAUGUUGUUUUCGCUUAAGUAUGAACUUCAAAAACGGGAGAGCUAUGGAAACGUGUAAGGAUAAUCAACAGUUCCCAGGUGUAUGAAGAGGUGUAGAAGUCGCUUUCAUGUAAACGAGCAUAUACAUCCCAGACAGAGAUAGAGAGUGUUCGGCAUUGUUUUGGCCAUAAAUGUGAUUCUUGUAUGGAAAAUUAUUAAAAUUAAAUUUAAAAUUAUUUGCGCUAAGGGCAGGGGUGGCAAUUGUGCGAACGGAAAUUAGGGCAUACACCAAAAGCGAUGCUGCAAUGGUUUUACUGACUCUCCGUUCAUGGAGAGGAACAGCCUUGAAGGAAAGGACAAGAACGUUGGGAACCGGUAGCAGUAGUAUACACAGUUGGGCAGGGUACUGAUUUGAUUUCGUAACACACGCAACUUCUUUACAAGCAAGCAUAGGCCAGGGUUCAGGCGCAAGAGAAGAAUUUCUACAAUAUAUUAAGGCAACAGCUUACUGUGUAACCAUUCUUAUCUUUAUUAUUACAUUAUCAUUAUUAUAUUACGACAUGUAUUGACAUAUUAUUUUCAAAAAUGCAAAACGAAUGCAAAAUAAAUAAUGGUACAUAA